UCCAAGUAUAUAAGAUUUAUAUUUUGUGCACUCACUUUGUUCUUGAAACACAAAACUAUUUUUGUGUGAUCAAGAGAUUUUUAUUGAUUAACUUAAGAGUUUAGUAAUAUUUUCCAGUUUGAUACUUCAAAUGAAUGAUUAUAAUACCAUGGAUAGUAGAACAUGUCUUUUAUAAUUAAUUUAAAUUUGACUAUAAUAUAUGUCAUAUUAUGCCCAUCUGCCUCUUUUUUCAAAUGCACUAUUCAUUAUCUUGAUAAAUCUUUCAGUCGUCAUCGCGAAUCGGCUAUGUUGAGGCUGACGGUGUGCGCUUUGAAGCUUGUGGUCGAAGAUAUGUCUUGUCAAAAGCGACGAUGAAUGUGACCUUAGCUGCUGUAUUCUGCUGCUCCAAAUUCAUGGACUUAGCCGCAGUGGAAACCGAAGGCGAAAUGACCUGUUUGUCUGCUGAGCUGACAAAGCGGGCAUUGGAUAAAAUUCAACUGUGGACUUCAGGCGACACAGACCCCUGCGAAAACUCGUUUGCCUGGUGUUCCAGCAAAGAAAUGGUCAACCACGCGGCUCUAAAGUGGAAUGCAUCUUCAAAGGUCGGGCCAAAAGCCAAAAUCGCGGUAUCAGUUCAGGCCAAAUCUAUGGAAUUUCAUACUGAUGAGGGAAAGAUUUUUAAAAGAGUUUUGUGCGAGAAUGCCCUUGAAAAAGAUUGUACUGAAUCCCGAUGUCUCAAAUACAAAUGCACCUUUGAGAGAGACUUGUGGCAGAAAACGAUGAAAGGAAACAAGGACAAUCUAAAAAAGGAAUUCAUGCUGUUAUCUGGUUGUGGGAUGACAGAGGUCAACGUUAAUAUUGCCGGCAGCAAGAACUCUUAUCACGCUGGCUAUAGAUUAUGCUGCGUGGGUGAUACCAAAUUUUUAUCAAUAGAGACGAAGGGAAAGCAUGACUGUUUACUAAAUUUGUUUAAAGAAAAAAACGUUCCCUCUAACCGGUAUUGGUUAGGAGGUGCGUCUCUAAGCUGCCCAAGUGUCAACCGGUGGUGUAACAGCUUAGACGAACCUCUCAUUGGCAACCAUGUGACCUGGGCAGCGGGUGAACCUUCAAUUGACUCGAGCAAAGAGUGCGUGUAUAUGGACUAUGACAACAUCACUUCUACGUUCACCCUCGGAAAAGCCAACUGCAAAACUUUAAUGUUUUUCAUUUGUGUGGCAGAAUAAAUAUGAAGGAGAGAACAUUUUUGCAACCGUAAUCAUAUGAAAAUGUUUUGAGAUGUAGUAUUAAAAUAAUACGCACGGUAAAGAGAUCUCUAAAUGUUCAUAAGUCACAAGAUGAUACUUAUUAAAAAUAUAUAAAUAAA